AUGGCUAGUGGUAAGUGUUAUGGAGUCAUCUACCUGGCUAUCAGCUUAUGUCUGUCUAAGUCACAAGGGUAGGUAAACCUGGCACUCCAGAUGUGGUGGACUUCAUCUCCCACAAUGCUCUAACAGCCAUAAUACUGGCAAAGCAUAAUUGGAAAUGUAGUCCAAUACAUCUGGAGUGCUGAAGGUUGCCUAUGGUGUCAGUAUAUGUGUCCUAGUGGCUGCCAGAGGGGUGCAGCGUUUUGCGUUUAGAACAUGUAAAACACUUUGAGGAACACAGCUGUGUUGCAAAGUUUAGGCAAAAAUAGCUAAUUUGAUAGGGUAAAAGUGUAUCCUAGAGUGUUUUAUUAUUUUUCAAUUAUACUAAAAGCAAAUAGUGUAUUUUAUUAUUAACAGUCAUUAUUAAAGUAAAAACAUUGUGUCUGGGAUAAUGGGCAAGAGCUCCGGACCUCUGUGGGCGCUGCACUCUGUGAGUGCUGUGUGUCCAUUGGGGAGUCCUGCAUUGGGUGCUGUAUAGAAACAUAGAAUGUGAUGGCAGAUAACCAUUCGGCCCAUCUAGUCUGCCCAAUUUAACUAAAUACUUUCAUUAGUCCCUAGCCUUAUCUUAUAGUUAGGAUAGCCUUAUGCCUAUCCCAUGCAUGCUUAAACUCCUUUACUGUGUUAACCUCUACCACUUCAGCUGGAAGGCUAUUCCAUGCAUCCAUUACCCUCUCAGUAAAGUAAUACUUCCUGAUAUUAUUUUUAAACCUUUGUCCCUCUAAUUUAAGACUAUGUCCUCUUGUUGUGGUAGUUUUUCUUCUUUUAAAAUAUAGUCUCCUCCUUUACUGUGUUGAUUCCCUUUUAUGUAUUUAAAUGUUUCUAUCAUAUCCCCCCUGUCUCGUCUUUCCUCCAAGCUAUACAUGUUAAGAUCCUUUAACCUUUCCUGGUAAGUUUUAUCCUGCAAUUUAUGAACCAGUUUAGUAGCCCUUCUUUGAACUCUCUCUAAGGUAUCAAUAUCCUUCUGAAGAUACGGUCUCCAGUACUGUGUACAGCAUUUCCUGCUGCUCUAUUACAUUGUCUGCCUACCUUUAAGUCAUCAGAAAUAAUCACCCCUAAAUCCCUUUCCUCAGAUUCUAUCAAAUAUUCUGUACUCUGCCCUUGGGUUUUUACGUCCAAGAUGCAUUAUCUUGCACUUAUCCACAUUAAAUGUCAGUUGCCACAAUUCUGACCAUUUUUUCUAGUUUACCUAAAUCAUUUGUCAUUUGGCUUAUCCCUCCUGGAACAUCAACCCUGUUACAUAUCUUAGUAUCAUCAGCAAAAAGACAUACCUUACCAUCAAGACCUUCUGCAAUAUCACUAAUAAAAAUAUUAAAGAGAAUGGGUCCAAGUACAGAUCCCUGAGGUACCCCACUGGUGACAAGUCCAAGCUCCGAAAAUAUUCCAUUGACUACAACCCUCUGUUGCCUGUCACCCAGCCACUGCCUUACCCAUUCAACAAUAUUGGAAUCCAAACUUAAAGAUGCAAUCAAAAAAUUUAAUAAGAUUAGUUUGGCAUGAUCUCCCUGAAGUAAACCCAUGUUGUCUCUGAUCUUGAAAUCCAUGUGUUUUUAGAUGUUCAACAAUCCUAUCCUUUAACAUGGUUUCCAUCACUUUCCCCACUACUGAAGUAAGGCUUACUGGCCUAUAGUUGCCCGACUCCUCCCUAUUACCGUUCUUGUGAAUGGGCACAACAUUCGCUAACUUCCAAUCUUCUGGGACUACUCCUGUUAACAAUGAUUGGUUAACUAAAUCUGUAAAUGGUUUUGCUAGUACACCACUAAGCUCUUUUAAUAGCUUUGGGUGUAUUCCAUCAGGUCCCAUUGACUUAUUUGUCUUUACUUUUGACAGUUGAAAUAGAACCUCUUCCUCUGUAAACUCACGUGUAAUAAAUGACUCAUUUAUCCUUUUUCUUAACUGAGGUCCCUUUCCUUAAUUUUCAUCUGUAAAUACAGAACAAAAAUAUUAAUUGAGGCAGUAAGCUAGACCUUUAUCCUCUUCUACAUACCUUCCUUCUUUUGUUUUUAAUCUAACUAAUCCUUGUUUUACUUUUCUUUUCUCAUUUAUGUAUCUAAAAAAGUUUUGUCCCCUUUUUUUACUGACUGUGCUAUUUUCUCUUCUGUGUGUGAUUUGGAAGCUCUUAUAACUUGCUUAGCCUCUUUCUGCCUAAUCUUAUAGAUCAUUUUGUCUUCCUCACUCUGGUUUUUUUUAUAAUUACUAAAUGCCAACUUUUUGUUUUUAACUAUUUUGGCCACAUCUGCGGAGUACCACAGUGGUUUCUGUGUGCUCAGCAGGGUGCCUGUAAUGAAUGCUGCUCUGCUGUACUGGGUGAUGUCUGUGCCCAUCAGGGUGCCCUGCACUAGGUGCUGUCUGUACCAGGGAGGGUGCUCUGCAAUGGGUGCUGUCUGUGCCUGUGAGAUAGCUCUGAAAUGGGUGCUGUCUGUGCCAGUGAGGGUGCUUUGCAGUGGGUGCUGGCUACACUGAUUAGGGUGCUCUGCAAUGGGUGCGCACCAUAAUAGCAAUGCAAAAAAACAAUAAAAUACGCUAUAAUACACAUGAACGAAACAGUAAAUAAAAUACACUUUACCUUUGAUAGAAUGAUCUAAGUCUCCUAUAGUCACAGCUUUGACAUUUUCCAUUUAUUUUGCAAUUCGGACCUGUUAUGUGAGUCUGUAAACAUACUGGUCCUUCAUGUAACAUAAGGUAUGUUGGCUUGGAUGGUUUGUCACAGAGUUUAGAAAAUCAAGCUAUGUACAUUUUGCAUGGGAACAUUUCUUUAAAGAAAGACUCUAAGCACAAUAAUCACUACAAGCGUCUGCAGUCGUAUUGGCGCCCGUAUGUCCCUGGCACUGUCCCAUUGAAGGUUGUCAAACUGUUUUUAGCAUGAUAUGACAACUUACAUUGGGCCAACUAUGCACCCAUGCUGUCACUCAGUAAAUUCAGUUUCAUAAAAGAACAUUAGCUGUAGUGGUUAUGGUGCCAGUAAUGCCCUGGUGCUGUCCCACGGUAAGAUGUUGUAGUGUUGCGUCUUGCGUAUGCUGCUUCCAAGCUACUCCAGCUAAGCUUUCAGCCAAUCAGUGGAGUUCUGCUUUGCUCUAUGGAGCAAUCCAACUUCUCCUUGGAGUGUUCCUUUAACCAACUGAAUAUACCAAGAGACAAAUUUGCCACAAACUCAUUUCUUGGAUGUUCUAUAUGUCUUUUUCCGAGAUAAUUUUUUUUUUUAAGAUGGCAAGAGAAAAGCACACAUACUUUUAUUUUUGAAAUCUGAAACAGAAUGCCUUUAGAAGGGGUUUAAAACUCUGAAAAUCACCUAUAACUGUUAAUUUUUUAUGCUCUUCUCUCUUUUAAAUUUCUGUCAACAUUCUUGCAAGAAAGCAAAUCAUAUAUAUAGUAAUAGUAAGACAAUAUGGCCAAACUGAAAACAGAACUGUGGAUUUCUAAUAUAUAAAUUCAGUACAAGUAAUGUACAACAAAAACUUGAAACAGGAGAGUCACCCGGCCCCCCGGAUUAUUAAACAGACACUCCACUGCCAAAUUAAAAAAACAGCUAAAUACCAUGGUUUAGUGGAUAUACCUCAAUCAAUUAUGCAUUUUUUCAAAUGGAUGCAUAUCUACAGCCAUCUUGAUUGCUGCCUUUUCACACUCCCCAGUCCAGACUUUCUGCGGCUGUCCAAUCACAGACUUCCGAAUUCAGCACAAUGAGAAGUCUUUCCAAAGCAGGUGCUUUGUGCAGUUGCCUCCCUUUUGAGGUUAGCUCCCCUGAACUAAACAAACCAGGAAUUAAAAGGGCCCGUUGUCUGCUUGAAAACCACUUUGUGUAAAAUUACAGAACGGAAACUCUCUUUAGGUUCUGGAGUAUUCCUUUAAAUAUAAAGGGGACAAACUUCAGUGUGGAUUUCUUCUUAAAAUUUUCUUUUUCCUGCCUCACUAAUGCAUGUUUGUUAAAGGGACAUUCUUAGCAUCAAAACAACUUUGGCUUAAUGAAGUGGUUUUGGUGUAUUGGUAUUGCCCCUUCAGUCUCACUGCUCAAUUCUCUGUCAUUUAGGAAUUAAAUCACUUUAUUUAGCUACACCUUCCCUGGCUGUAAUGUUUCUUGUAAAGUGAGAUCUAAUUUUGAAAUGUCUUUCAUUGCACAGUGUGUUUAAUUUAGAAUACACUCUCUAGUCCUCUGUGUUCUUUAACAUGCUUCUUGUUCUUUUUUUUUCUUUUGCAGAUGAUGAAGUCAAUCUUUUGGUAAUUGUGGUUGAUGUAAAUCCUAUUUGGUGGGGGCAGCAAGCACUUAAACAGUCCGAGGUAAUGGAUCACUUCAAAUUAAUCCUGUGGUAAUGACAUAAUUUUAAUGGUAUCCUGUUUCUGACUUUUCAUCUAUAUUAAUUUUGCUUUCCUCUUGUCCAAUAGGUCACUUUGCCAAAAUGUAUCGAUGCAGUACUAGUUAUGGCAAACUCCCAUUUAUUUAUGGGACGUAAUAACAAAUUGGCUGUGAUUGCCAGCCACAUACAAGAAAGGUAAGUUUUCUUUUAAGUCUCUUUGUACAGGGAAAUUGGUAUCUCCAAAUGCACAUGUGUAUGCUUUCAUGUGAAAACAAUUUAAUCCUUAGUGAAUCAACUUAUAGAUCUCUUCACAGUUUGUUUUUCUUUCAGUGCUCAGUAGACACUAGGAAGAUUGUGAAGCUGUUCAACUGUAUCAGCAAGAGCUGUAUAAAAAGUUAUUUGCACAUAAUGGAGAAAUUAAUAGAAGGGGAAAUGUUUCUUGUUGUUUAGUUUAAUUUGUUUUAUUGGGUGGACUUUAAAUUUGGAACAACAUUUUGCUCCUCAGAUUAAAAAAAAAUUGCAUUUAUUAUACAAUUUUGUAUUGUUUUAGCCAUUAAAGGGACACUCCAGGCACCCAGAGCACUUCAGCUCAUUGGAGUGGUCUGGGUGCCUUGCCCCUCUUCUCUUAGCCCUGUUAGUCAAAACACUGCGGUUUUGGAGAAACCGCAGAGUUUUGAUUACAGGGCUAAUCCUACCUCUAGCUGCUGUCUCUCAGACAGCCGCUAGAUGGUGCUUCUGGCUUCUUAGAACACGAAAAGUGUGUUAAAUGACGCUGGACGUCCUCCUGCUAUGCAUGAGGACCUCCAGCAUCGCCGGAAUACCCAUAGGAAAGUAUUAAAUAAUGCUUUUCUAAGAGGAGGUCUAAUGCUUGCGCGGCCAUUGGCGCGCAUGUGCAUUAGACCCUGCUCGUCGCGAGACAGAGGAGGGGACGGAGGAGGCACAUCGGCGCUGGGAUCAGGUAAGUAAGUAAAUAAUGGGUUUUUACCCCUUUAUUUACCCAGGAGGGGGGAGCGCGGGGAAGGGGGGAGGCAGAGGGAUCGGUAGUGCCAGGAAUAUAGCUUUGUAUUCCUGGCACUACAGUAUCCCUUUAAAUGUAAAUCACUCUCUAAUGGAUGACCUGAUUUGUUUGGCACAAGCUCACGGCACCAUUUUUGUGACCGUUUUCUAUGUACCUGUCAUGGGUGGCGUUUCGAAGACUGGUACCCCUGUGUGCCUGAUGAGGAUGAUGGAUGAUAGGAGUCUCAGAGCAGAGCAGGACAGAAAGCAGAACCCAGAACAUGUACACAAUACAUGACUGAAACAGGACAUGGACAGGACUGUACAUGAACUCGGAAUACAAGACAAAUAAAACGAGACGAGAUAUAAAGCAAAACAAGAGGAGACAUAACUAAGUACUAUAUAUGUAAUAAACAUUGGAGAUUUAGACAUACAUAAAUGGCCAAGAUGUAUGCAGCCCACCACUGCUCCAAAGUACUCCAAGUACGGUGGGUCCUAACUGCCUAGAUAUGCAUGACUAAAUGAACAACAAUAAAACACACACAGUACUUACCUGCAAAGAAAGGAGCAGAGGAAAUAAGACCACUACUAGCAGGAACAUACUGAAACAAAAAUAAUUAAUGGCAAAAGAAUGGGUGUGGCAACAAAAAACAAACAUUUAAAGGAAUUCAGGAGACUGGGAAUUCCAGAAACGGAAUAAAGGAAUGAACCCAGAAAACCCAACAUAGAAUAGAAAACCAGAAAAACUAAACAAGAAUUGUAAAAAGAGUACUGGAUACCAGAAGCCAAGGCCAGACAUCUGAACAGAACGGAACAGGUCGUAACAGUACCUAGAUAUCUCUGUAUUGUGUAUCUAUAUUAUACAUAGAGCAGUGUUUGUGUCAUUAUAUGCAGCUGUGGAUCAACAAAUGUGGGAGCAGCAGCUCUAUAAAGUAUAGUUAGGUGUGAAAUGUAUUCUGUGAGCUCAUCAAGUUAAAUGAGUGACCACCUUCUGUGGGAGGCAUCAAGUCUAUCUGCUACAGCAAAGUGCUGUGUUGAUGUAACCAGAGAUUGCUCUGAAGGGACAGUGGGUCCAAUCAAGAUAACUUUUUGUUGUCAAGGUGUAUUGGCACAGGGGGUCAGGCUGUAACUAGUGUAAGGAAUCGCUUUGUUGCUUUGUAGUUCUUUCCCUGUGAUCUGUUCUGUAUUCCCAUUGGUGAAUGUUUUGUGUAAUUUUUUUUAUUUAUUUUUUACUGUAUGCUGUGAUCUUUGUAAGCUGGAACUGUGAUCAAGAAAUGGCUAUUCAUUGUAUAGCUGUAUGUAUUCUGCUGGCACUGUAUAGAAUAAUUUACAAUUAAACUUUAUGGCUUCCAUCCCCCUUUUAUAACAGAUGUGCAUUAGAGAGAGGAAUGGGGAUGACAAUAAUAAUAGUUUGACACGGUGGCUUUCAUGCCGGACAGUGUCCUUGCUUCCAUUGGAAUCUGACCAUAUCGCUAAUUUAACGGAUUGUUACUUACAUUGGAAACAAUAUAUUUUCUACGCUGUUGACCACAGUGGUAUCCCAAAUAUGACGGAAGUUGUACAAGAGAAGUCUAUGUUAGAUACAGGAGGAAAUCUUAUUGGAUGUAAGCUAGUAUAUUACGUAUGUCCAUGUUUUAAGAUCCGUUUCUCAAUGACUAUGCUUGGAUCACUGAUUGUCCAUGACAGUUGUUGUAACUAAUCUUGUUGUACUUGCCUCAAUCUUGCACAUAAAGAUUUAAAAAUACAAACCAAAAAAACAGAUGUGCAUUUAUUCUACCCCUCAGUCGAUUAUUAUUUCCUGGGAAGCAGUGGAAAUGUGGAGACCUCUCUACAGAAACAUCCAUUUUGGAAUCCAAUGCAACUGGCAGCAAAGAUGGAAAAUAUGAAUUACUAACAGCCGCCAAUGAUCUGAUUGCAGAGGACAUCAGAAAUCUCAUGACCAAAAGUAAGGCAUAAGAUAAAUACCUGUGUAUAAAGUUUAACAGUAAAAGAGAGAAAACGUAUCCAGUUUAAUCUGCUAGUUUUGAAACAUCUAUUUGCUAUUUAAAGUGUCUCUUUUGCAAUCCCAAAGCUGUUUUGGAAUUACUUAAAAUUCUUUACAGGUGGUAUUUGGUGUUCUCCAGAUUAUUUCACGUUUAUCCAAAUUGCUCCAAAACCUGUUGGAGAUGCCUCUCAGAUGAAGUCACCAAGUACUCUAUUUGGUGGACUUGCCCUGCCCCUCAACCCUACUAGAAUAUGAUUGCUCAGGGUCUGACCUCUCUGCUUCAGAUUGAUUCUCAACCCUUACCAGAAAUUUACAUCUUAUAUUUCUUGCCACGUGAUAUGUCUAAAUUAGCUCUUAAAUUGAUCUAGUACAAUCCUGACAUGCCAGGAACUCUUCGACCAGAUUACUUAGAACUGGAUCUACCGAGACAUGGCACGUACAUAUUUAAGUUCUAACACCGUAAUGAGCAAAGCAAAGGACCUGUUGGACAAAUUCCUAUCAGGGCGGGAGGGAUGGUUCCUGCCAAAAGUAGUGGAAAGAGUGAAUAGGACUACGAACUCAAGUGAUGGUUAGUGUGGGGGAGAAGGGGUAGUCUGACUUUAGACUUUGCUCUAACAUAGAACAGGUGUGCCCAAUCAUGUGUAAGCACUUAAAAACAUGAGAAACCAGUGCAGAGGGGAUACGAGAAUUCCCAAAUCACCCUAUUCCACUCUUAUGUUACCCACAUUAUUGUUAUUCUUUGUUUUCCUUUUUUAGUAAUGUAUUGUAUGUAUUACAGCAUUCACUAUGUAUGGCGCACAGCUGAUUGACAGUCAUCAUGUUUCUAGAUAUUAAUUGAAUAAUGUUUGUAAGCCGUACGUGGUUUAAUGAACAAAACUAAUAAAAAAUUGUCAAAACAAGAUUUAUUGCUAUUCCAUUUCUGAUUUGCAGCAGGUGAAAUGAAAGGACAGCAGACUGAUACAGUCCUGGCAGGAUCCUUGGCGAAAGCAUUAUGCUGUAUCCUUUUUAAAGCUUUUAUCUUAAUUACACUCUUUUUGAGAAACAUUUGGUAGGCUGUUUACUGUAUGAAUGGGUAAAUAGACAUCAAAAAAAGCUUUUUCCUUUUUUGGACAUUGGUAGUUCUUACAAAUGGGGCUUAGCCUCCUCUCUCCUACAGGAUAGAACGUACUCUAAAACUAAAGGCUGGGUCCAUGUCUAAAUAGAAUAUUCAAAAUAAUUUGUAUCCAGAAGUAAAAUGUGUCUGUAGCCCUUCAGUACUGGAGUUGUACGUGUCUGGCGUGUUUAUGACGACCUUGUUUCUCCUAAACUGUUGGUGGAUCAUCUUACACAAAAAUAUAUAUAUUUUUUUGUUGUUACUUUUUUUAUGUUCCUACAUAAUUGUUUUUCUUGACCAUAGUUAUUUUCAGAUAUUAAUAAAAUAAACAAAGAAGCGAAAGGUAUGUAAAAGAAGUAUGCCUAAUAUUUUCUAUAACAAAACAUAGAUUGUAUGAUUUAGAUUCCUUUGAAUACCUUGUGCUAUAUCUGGGUCUAUAUUGAUCCUUUUCGUUUGACAAUGCAAUGUACAAUGUUUCUUACAGUGUUAUGUACUAAAGUCAAAAUUCUAAGUGAAUUUUAAUUGGAAAAAUAACCGAACUGAAGAAAUUCUCUAAGUCAACUGUGCUUUUUAUUCAGCAACUCUGGCCUUUGAAAAGACACUUUAAAUCCUCACGUUCGUAAAUAACCCUGUUCAUUUUUCAAGAUUUUGAGUAAAUGAUGCAGGGAAAAUGUCUUCACACUAAGUAAGACAAAAACAGGAGUUUAUUUCAGGCUGACUGUCGUAAAGACCACCUUAGUAUAAAAUGUAAAUGAUAUAUAUUUGCCAUUAUUUCAAGCAUUUUAUAUCUAUUUAGCAACCAUGCUGCAGUUUUAUUGUGUAUGGUGGUGUUGUGCAAUAUUGUAGGUAUGAAUGAAUUCUAGUCUUUAGAUAACAUUUUGUUUUUGCAAAAUCCACGUGUAGACUUGUUCUGUACCUAAUAGAAUCCAUGUUACUAUCCACCUCUGGCAAAAGAAAAAUGUACAUGUUGCUUAAUCUCUGUACGUUACCUAUAAGAUCAAACUAUUUGUUUUAUAAUGAGUCCCACCACAGGCUUUGCUGUCCUUUUUAUGCAUUUACAUGUUGUGCUAGUGUCUAAUCCAUCUUUCUGUCAAAACUGACUUUUUUUUUUUUCUUUUGGGCACAGCUGGACAGGAAGUGAAAUCCAGAAUAUUGGUGAGCCUAUGGUGUUCCUUAGUUUUAGUAUUCAUUUAAACAUUCAUUUGGGUACUGUAUACUAUUAGAAGAUACAGGAAACAUUCAACACUGCUGCCUGUUCUUGUCACCUCAUUCACGAAUACCAAACACCUAAGUAGAGACAACCCUAAAAGGCUCUUGUAACUUCUCAGAAAAUUGUCAAAACUAUCUUUUGUAGGCCUUGCCCACGUUGUGUUUAUUGUUUUGUGCAGUCACACACAUCUGAAUAACAAAAUCCCAAGAAAGAAUGCAAUAUGUGUGCAAAUGCAGGAAGAAAGAGCAGCCAAAACUUGUCAGGUAUUUACAGUAACAUGGCCACAUAAAAAAGGCCCAAACACCCCACCCCAUGUAAGAUGACCCUUGGCUGUCUACAUUUACAAAAUGUUUGAUUAGUGGUUAAUUUUAUUGUGGGCUGCUAAACUGCCACAACAUGAGACAAAGACCUGGCAUUAUAAUUCAAGAUUUAUGAUUGAAAAGGGCAGGUCCUUAAUUUGAUUCAGUAAUGUUACAUUGCCCUUAUGUAGAUGGGGUAAUUAUUUUACAUUGAGUUCUUAGCUGAAUACAUCCUCUUCCUCAGAUUUGAGAAAUUAAUGAAAUUGUAUGUGCAUGGAAAUUGAAAUAUUACCUGUAAGCUAUUAUUGGUUGUGCUGAAAACAUUUGAAAUCCUUUAUCCCUGUUCAGGUGUCAAGUCCUGGGGGAAAAAGUGUGGGAACUCACCCGAGAUCCAUCCCUCUACCUGCGGGCCGAUCAUCCAUGUUACAUACACUUUACAUACAGUGACAGGUUUGAGGGGAGCCUGACUGUACCAAACGACCAGGGCCGGCCCAAGACAUUGAACUGCCUAGGUCCAAGACUCAGAUGCUGCCCCUCAUCCCACGCACACUGAUGCGGUUACACAUAUACACCGACACAUUCACACACUCCCAGACAGGGCCAGUGCAAGACUUUUUGCCACUUUAGACAAAGGUAUAUUUUGCUGACCCGGUCAUUUUAUAUGUACACAUACAUUUCAAUCUGCUUUCCCUUACCUUGCUUAACUCCACCACCUCUCCUCCUCUUUACAUCAUGUUCUCUGCACUCAUCCCCUCUUACUGCCACUUUCCACAGCACAAGACUGAACUACACUUCCAUCUUUCACUCCCCCCUUUUCCAUAUCUCUCUCCCCCUUCUUCCAUCUUUCACUCUCCCCCUUCCUCCAUCUUUCACUCUCCCCCUUCCUCCAUCUUUCACUCUCCCCCUUCUUCCAUCUUUCACUCUCCCCUUCUUCCAUCUUUCACCCCCCCUUCUUUUAUGUCUCUCUCCCCCUUCUUCCAUCUUUCAAACCCUCCUUCCUCCAUGUCUCUCACUUCCCUUCUUCCACGUUUCUCUCUCCCCUUUUUUCCAUAUCACUCACUCCCUAUUUUCUUCCAUUCCCCCCUUCUUCCAUGUCUCUCACUCCCCCCCUUCUUAGGAGUACCUCUCUUCCAUUUAUCUAUACCUCUCCUUCCCAAUCAGCACCUGUCUCCCUCACAGAGCCAACACCAGCCCUGCAUACACACUGACCUCCCCCCCUCCAAUCUGUUAUCCUUGUCAUGGCAAGGAAGGGUGGUUCAUCGAAUCCUGCACAGCGUGCUCUGCAAGUUUCAAAAUGAGCAGCGGGUGGUCACAUGAUACCCGGCACUCAAACGCAGAACGCGAAGGGGAGGCGCUCUCUGCUGAUUUAGUGUGUGCAGUUCUUUUAUGGAGCCGCACGCUACCUUAGUGUCAGCUUGCCACAAAGUAUCACUUCAGAAGCAAGGGGCGUAAGGGUGCAGCGCAAGAAGGAGCCCUCAGAGCUGCACAGAAACAAAAUACAUCACUGAGCCUCAUCAGCUACGUGAAUGAGGGCUGUCGGCACCCCACUUCUCCCACAAUCACCUUGCUCCUGAGUGCGGAGCACCCUGUGCACCCACCCGGGAUCAGGUCUGCUGCAGGACUACUAACGGGAACGGCGUUCCUACUGUGGAAAAAGGCCGUUCCUGCAGGACUCGAGCCCUAGAUACAAUAUACUAUUUUGCAUGGCUAACAUACAGUGGAGUACCAGAUUGGUAUGUUUGUUCUAAAAAUUUAAAUGGUUGAAAUUACAUUGUUGCAAUGCUUUGGCUCUACUAAUGAGUAUGUAAACCAAAACAUAACAUCUCUAAUUUAAAUCUGUGCUGUCUCAUAACUUGUAGCAACAACGACAGAAAAAAAAAAAAAAAAAAAACCUUGGUCUUGAAGCUCACUGGAAGUGGAUGGAAUACCACAUGAUCAUUUGGCACUUUCUUCUAAGAUUCAUGUAGUUUUUGCUUGUUUUUGAAGGUAGUCAAAGCAGCAGAAGACAGUGCAUUACAGUACAUGAAUUUUAUGAAUGUGAUCUUUGCAGCUCAGAAACAGGUACUGAUCAUUUUCUUAAUUUGGCUGCUAUUUAGCUGUGAUCUGAGAUGUUAUAUACUUUGAAGCAUCAUGAUUUUUGUUUGGAAAAUAUUUUUUGUUUUGUUAUUUAUGCAGAAUAUCUGCUCUGUGAAGAUUACAAAUAUGUGAAUGGUAUUAGCACAAUGUAAAAAAAAUAAUGGCAAUAACACUAAUACAUAAUAUAUAUACAUAAUUACAACAACAUUUUAAGUAGCUCACUUUAACAAAUAAACAAGGAGCCUGUACCUCACCACUUUCGCAGAUGUACCGAUAAUGCGGCAAUUGCAGUUCCCCAUUGUCCUGUACCUAUAUGUCUGAACUUGGACUAAAGGGCUCUGCUCAGCGCACAAUGCCCCUCGUGUAAGGGCAGAGCCGUACAUAUGUGUCCUUUGAGCUACUCCUGAAUGGGCAGCAUCUUUUGAUAAUGAUAUACUUCGAGAGUAGCGGAGGAGAUAGCAAGUACAGAUUCUCCCUGCCAAUAUUUGAUUUGAUUUCUAAUUAUUAAACAUGGCUUUUUCCAGAACGUUCUUAUUGAUGCUUGCGUUUUGGAUGCAGAUUCUGGACUUCUGCAGCAGGUAAUUGAGUUACUGAUGGUUUGUAGUAAAGUAAAGAUUCUAAAAGCAAGACUUUUUUUCAUUUUUGAGAGUAUAUCCCAACGUUUUAAUAGAUGGAUGAAAGGCACAGGAAGUGAAAGUCACUAAAGUUUUUCUUAUCUGUGAUCACAGGCUUGUGAUAUUACAGGGGGGAUUUAUCUGAAGAUUCCUCAGGUCAACUGUCUGCUGCAGUACUUGUUGGUAAGAGUUUGUUUUAUAUCUGAAAAUCGUGGGUCCAUUGGACUUUACUUGGCAUCUACUUUAUUUCGCCUCAUAUUUAACCCUCUCCUUGUAAAUAAAAUGGUACAGUUUACUUGUUUUGUGGCCCAUUAUGGUAAAAUAAGAAAAUUAAGCUUUGCUCAACUCUCCAAUAGUCAAGAUUUUUUAAAACUAAAUUCAGACACUUAAACCUUUUAAAGUUUGUGUCUUCUUUUUUAUUUUUAUUUUAUACAAGUUACUUUGGAGAAGAAGAAAAAACUUUUUCUGGACACUGUUUGCAUUAAAGUAUAAUUUUGUCUGUCACAGUGGGUUUUCCUUCCUGAUCCUGAUCAGAGGUCACAGCUUAAUCUUCCACCCCCUGUCCAUGUGGAUUACCGAGCCGCGUGUUUCUGUCACCGAAAUCUGAUAGAAAUAGGCUACGUAUGUUCUGUCUGUUUAUCCAGUAAGUAUUGUGUUCUUUUCAGACACUUUUUAUGCUUGUACAAAAUUCUGCAAAUAUAACCUCUAUGUGGACUCAUUUAGGGAAAUUUACUUUGUGUCUUUUAUGUUUUUCUCUUAGUAUAAUUGCAAUAUUUACAUGCAACCAUAAUCGUGUACUCUGAUUCUUAAUGCAUUGGUGGGGAGAUACCAUAAGCAGUUUUGUUUUUAUGUAGACUGAUUUAUAUCUUUUUCAUUUCCUUUUUCAGUAUUCUGUAACUUCAGUCCCAUCUGCACCACAUGCGAGUGAGUAUUUUUCUUUGCAUCUUCAUGUCAAAUUGUAAUGUAGAUUUGUAUACACUUUGUACAGUAUGGCCAUAUUUCCAUUUAAUCAUGUAGAGCUACAAUCCCAAUUUAUUUAUAUGGGGGGACGGGGGAGUAUGCAAAUAUUUAUUUAAAGCCCAGUCCAUAUAUCUCCUGUUGCUGUUAAACUACAACUUGUGUGGUGCUCUGUUAGACUUCUUAUGACUACCUAUAGUAACAUAGUGCUGGCAUGACCGUUGUGAAGUUGUAGUUCAACCGCAGGAAAGCUUCAGGCUGAUGACACCUGGUUUUGCCUUUAACAUAAUGUAAUAUCCUUAAAUGGCCGUAAUAAAUGAUACAUAAUAUAUUCGGGGCCAAUACAAACCAUUGUCUUGGAAUCUAUUCAUAAACAGGACUUUACACAGGACAUAGUGCCACACCUUUAGACUGGACGAAAGGAGAUUUAGUCUAAGGCAAAGGAAAAUUUUUUUUUUUUUACAUUUCUUUAUUUUCGUCUGGACAUAUGAAACCGCAUUGCAGUUUGCUUUGGCAUGUUCAUUGGUCGAGAAAAAGUAUGUGUAUACUGUGCAUAAUACAGAAGGAAAAAAGUAAUGUAGGUUACAUCAUUACAGUUGUCUUGCCAUUCAUUGCCAAGUUUUUUUGUUUUUUUUUAAAUAAAAAAAAUAAAAACAAACAUAACACAACAUUUCCAUUGGAACUUUGAGAACGUGUGGUUGAUCAUUUUUGCGACAUGGUGUGUUGUGAGAAGAUACAGGCUAUAUUUGUGUGUUUCAGCGUUCCGCCUGGCUUGGGGUUGCCUUUGACUGGGUGUUUUUUGUUUAGGUCUGCUUUGGAGUGGUGGCCCUUGGCCCUAUGCUUGUCUACUUGGGUUCUGUACUGGGUCUGGUGGUGGUGUGUAUGUUGAUCCCCAUUUUGCUGCCCGUAUUAUCGCUGCAGGCGGGUUAAGCUUAGGGUCUCUGCGUAGAUUGUCCCUUGUGAUCUGUGAGUGUUGAUUGUUUUGCGGGGUUCUGGUUAUUGGGUUUAUUUUCCUGUGUCAACCUUUUGGGGCCUCACCCUCUGUUGUGCGUUAAAUUUAUUCUAACUCAUUUUUUGGGGAGGGGGUCAGCUCCCUCUUGGUUAGGCCUUGUGGGCGCUGCUACCUUGUCAGUUUUGUUAUUUUGUGGUGUGGGUAAGGGUGGAGUGUGAGGGGGUAGUGUGAGGGUAAAGUGGGUCGGAGGUAGAGGAAGGAUAAGUGUGGGGGGGGGAGUGGACGCCGUGCUGUGUUGCCCUUGACUGGGUGUUUUCUGGAGGGGCUCGCGGCGGGUUCCGUCCUUUUCCUCUCCCCAGUCCCUGCCUCCGUGUAUUUUUAUGUAUUCUUCCCAGGGUUGCCAGAUUUUUUGAAAUGAAUUUUCUGUGUUUCUAAUUUGGGUCAUUAUUAUGUUGUUCUCUGUGGGUGUCAGCCACGCCUGGGCUAGUGCCCGCCUGGCUGCCAGGGUGAUUUUAUUAAAGAGUUGUUGCUCUUUUCUGGGGAAGCAGUCUAUAGGCCUAUAUAGCAGGACAGACCAGGGGUCCAUGUCUACAUGUCUCUCCAGGAUGUUUGUCAGUAGUGUCUGAACUUGUUUCCAGUAUCCAUCUAUGAUGGGGCACUCCCACCACAUAUGCACAAAAGUGCCUUUUUUCCCGCACCCCUUCCAACAUGUGUCUGUCGUGGUUUUUCCCAUCCUAUACAGUUGCACUGGCGUGGUGUACCACCUCGUUAACAUUUUGUAUGAUUGUUCCUGAUGUAGCACACAGAUCGAUGUCUUAGCCGUCCCUCCCAUAUGUCCACCCAGUCUUCCCCCCCAGUGGCUAAUAUAUCUAGGGUCUUUGGUGUUUUUGUCUGGGGCACUCAGUUGUGGGUAUAUGAUUGUUAUUAGGCCCUUCUGCUCAACUUCUGUGUUACACAGUUGUUUGAAAAAUGUCAUUUGGGUUUUGUCCUGCUUUCUUCACCUCGGGGCUGUUAGCAAAGUCUUUUAGCUGUAUGUAUCUGAAUAAGUUUUUUGUAGUCAGGGGUGCUAGGGUUUUUAGAUGUUCAAAUGUUUUAAAGGUACCCUUGUCGUACAGAUGGGCAUAUCUCUGUACCCCCGUGCUCUCAAAACCCCAAAAGUCCCGUGCGCUCAGCCCGGGCUCGAAUGCUCCGUUGUGUAGGUACGGGGUCAUCGGUGAUGAUGUAUGUUUUAGGGCGUAUUUGUUGGCCGCAAGAUCCCAGAUUCGUAUUGAGAAUUGAGUAUUGCCGGGCAUGUGGUGUGGAAGGGUGGUCUGUCCUUCUUGGGCACCCAGGUCCAAAAUUGUGGUAGAUCAGUGCUCAUCAGAUGUGUUUCUAGUUCUACCCACCUGUGGGAACCCACCCGAGAAUGUCAAGCUAUCACCUGGGCAAGCUGUGCCGCUAGAUAGUAACAAUAUAAAUUUGGGAGCUCUACUCCUCCUCUGGUUUUUGGGCGGUACAAUACCUGUCUGGCUAUGCAGUGGCAUUUUUGUGCCCAGGUGAAUUUAUCUAUGGUUCUUUCCAAUGGCGUUAGGUCUUGUUUGGUUACUUUAACAGGUAGUGCCUGGAAUAAGAACAGCAGACGAGGGAGCAGUGUCAUUUUGGAGGCAUGGAGUCUACCUAUCCAGGAGAUUUGUUUGGUUUUAUUUGUUUCCUGACACUUUUUUUAUUAUUCUUUAUUUGUAUUGUGCAUAUAAAGACAGACAUGCUUGCAAUGCCCCGUCAGCAGGAGCAAGUGUAUUAAUAAACAGAGCAUAAUGAUAGUAAGGCAUUUCAGAAUCUUUGCACAUUUUUGUUAAUAGAUUCAAGCUUAGCAAACAUAUCUAAUCAAGGAGGUGAUUUGUCGAUUAAACAUUCUCAGGUUAAAGAGGGUAGUACUAUUAAACGUAUAAACAUGAGGCAUAAUGAUUUGUCUCUUGAGAGUGAAUUAACUUUAAGAGGUAUAGUCUAGGCUGAGAAUCCACACCUCGGUUUCCUGCCUCCUUUCUAUGUCCCGGCACAGUGAUUGGAUACUGGGUGUGUAAUUCUCAGAGUAUAAUUUGUCCGGAUCUGCAGUGAGCCUGACGCCCAGAUAUUUAAUAUUAGUUUUCACGAUUGUGAGUGAGUCGGUGGUUCUCAGUGUUUCUACCUCCACCAGGUCCAUGCCAAGUGGCAUAGCCACCGAUUUUCCCAUAUUAAUUUUGUAGCCCGAGACAUAACCGUAUUCCGCUAGUAGGGACAGAAGCUGAGGGAGCGAGUGUUGUGGGUUGGCAAUCGUGAUCAUUAUAAUCGUCUGCGGAGACUUUAUACUACUCUCCCCCUGCCCGUAUUCUGUGUAGUAAGGGAGGAAAGGUGUUUUUUUUUUUUUUUUUCAUAAUGUAAGAGCAAUAAGGAUGUGGAAUUCUGUGCCUGCACACAUACACAUAUAUAUAUUCAUUCAUAUAUCCAUAUUUCCACUAACAAUGACAUUUUUCUAUUAACAGGACAGCGUUCAAGAUCUCUCUGCCUCCUGUUAUGAAAGCAAAGAAAAAGAAAUUGAGAGCCAUGUUUUAG